UGAACACUCGUGGCCAAUUAGCUCGGGAGGUUGGCCUUCGGCCCAGGAUGCAUUCUGGCUGUGGGCGGGGCCAGUUAUAUGUGACGUCACGGGAUCCCCGUUCUGGGUUCGGUGCUUGUUCGGUGAGCUAGGUAACGGGUGGCGUGAGCAAUGGAGCGUUUCCCUUCAACCCGGUAACUGCACCCAGUGAUCCGUUUCCUGCUCCGUGUUUCUUCCGGUGCCCCGUGACGGAAACAACUGGCGGUGUCGAGUUUUGAGAAGUGCUUCCCGGACGGGGUUAAUGCCAGUGUAAGCCGAGAUCUUCAGUCUUCCGAAUGCCUUACAUGUGACACUGGAAGAAUCAGAAGCAUGGUCUGUAAAGCUGGGCUUUUUCCAUUCUGAAACCAGCCGUGAUGCAUCGGAGGAAAAGGCACUGGUCACGUGACGAGACCAGAGCAUGGAAAAGAAAGAGACUUUCUCGAAGCUGGGAGCGCGAUGAACGCCGCCGCCUUUCACCCUACUGGAAAUCCCCAGUGAGAUCCCGCUCCAGGAGCCUUAAAAGGAAGCCGUACUGGGAGAAUUCGCAUAAGGCAUGGUCUAGGAAUGGCCGAGGUACUCACAGUAUUUCAUUCCAAAGUGAGAGUUAUUCUACAAAAUCAUCUGUCGCUGAGAAGUCAAGAUCUAGAAGGUAUCAUCAUCGAGCCUCUCGCAGACAUCGCUCCAGAUCUAAAAGUUAUUCUUCGAAGAGUCAUCGAAGUGCUAAGGACAGCCAGACUAUUGAAGAUGACAAGGAAGGGCACCUGGUGUGCCGGAUUGGAGACCGCAUCUUGGACAGAUAUGAAAUUGUAAAAAUUCUAGGAGAAGGGACUUUCGGCAGAGUGGUGGAGUGCUUGGACCAUCACAGAGGCAGCAUCAAAGUUGCUCUGAAGAUAAUCCGUAAUAUAAGAAAGUACAGGGAGGCUGCCCAGCUGGAGAUUAAUGUACUAAAGAAAAUUCAAGAACAAGACAGGGAAAAUAAAAACAUGUGUGUAAUGAUGUGGGAUUCAUUUGAGUACCAUGGACAUGCUUGCAUAGUUUUUGAGCUGCUUGGAAAAAGCACUUUUGAUUUCCAAAAGGAGAACAAUUACCUUCCAUACCCACUCAAGCAAGUUCAGCACAUGGCCUUCCAGCUGUUUCAUGCAAUAAAGUUUCUGCAUGACAACAAAUUGACGCACACAGAUUUAAAACCUGAGAAUAUUCUCUUUGUGAAUUCUGAUUGUAACAUUUCCUACAAUAAAGCAAAGAACUGUGAAGAAAAAUGUGUAAAGAAUUCCAGUAUCCGUGUUGUAGAUUUUGGCAGUGCUACCUUUGACCAUGAAUAUCAUAGCACCAUUGUUGCCACUCGUCACUAUCGCCCCCCAGAGGUUAUUUUGGAGUUAGGCUGGGCUCAGCCUUGUGAUGUGUGGAGCUUGGGAUGCAUCCUGUUUGAGUACUACACUGGAUCCACUCUCUUCCAGACGCAUGAUAACCGAGAACACUUGGUAAUGAUGGAGAAAAUUCUUGGACCGUUACCUCGCCGCAUGGUAUACAAAACAAAAAAACAGAAAUACUUCCAAAAUGGAUCAUUAGUCUGGGAUGAGACAUCUGCAGAUGGUCGAUAUGUCAAUAAAAACUGCCAUCCAUUGAAGACAUACAAGAAAGAGGAUUCUUCUGAGCAUGCUGAGUUUUUUGACCUGCUCCAGCGGAUGUUGGAGUAUAGUCCCACUCUGAGGAUUACGCUGGACGAGGCCCUUAGACACCCUUUUUUCAGCAGACUGACUCCUGAAGAAAGAAAACUAGGUAGCAGGACAUCCAGAGACCUUAGCCGAUAAUGAUAUCCUGAUCCUUAGUCACUUUCUAUUCUUCAAAGCAUUACAUUUUACAAAUAUAUUGAAAAACUUUUUACUGCUCAGGCACCGUUUUUCUUCAACAAACAUGAAGAAUCCAGGAAAUUGGACCAGUCAUUUCCUGCUCCUCAAAGCAUUUUAAUAUUAAACUUUACUAAAUCUGAACAGGUGUUAUAUCUUUUAAGGUAUUGCCUAUUAGGCAGGCUUCCAAGUGAACCAUGAGCCCUCAAAAAGAACUGCUGAAAUAUCAUCAUAGCACUGUUUUUCAAUAUUGCGAUGAAAUAAAAACUGUAUGGUGAGGACUGUGCAAAGUACCUGAUAUAGCACAUGCUGAAAUCUUCUGUAUAUAUGUACAUUUGUAAACUCAGGGAUAUAUAGGGAACAUGUUUAUCAGCAAUGGAGUGACUUCACUUUUGUAUGAAAGCCCACUGUUGCAUGUGUGACAGGUAUUUGGAGCUGUCUUACUAUUUUUGUAAUUGUACUGCCUGAUAUAAAUAAACUUUGAAA